AUGCCCUCCCCUGCUGAAUCCCCCACUCCUCCUCCCAAUCAAGGCUCCUUUGAGGAAGAAAUGAUGCAAAUGGCUGACCUUUGGACUCUUACAACCAGAGAGAUCUCUCUCAGUGACCAAGCCCCCCCAGAGGAUUAUUAUGAAGAAUAUAUCCGGGCUUUAGAGACUGGAGAGGUCAUCUUUUGCCAACUUCCAUCUUAG